AUGGAGGUAGACGAACAGCAGGCACCCGAGAUUUACGUACAAUGGUACCACGCCGGCCCAGCCGAACUUCUCUCGUCUGCACCAGUUACGCUCGAUCCGACUGCUUGGCAAAAGCUAAGCCGAGAAGAGUCCAACGCGUGCGAGGGGGUGUGGAAAUCGCUAUCCUCCGAAGAACAGGCGACAGCCCAUCAGUUUAUCGAAGAUGAAUUACAGGUGCCAUCUCUUGACGAGGACGAUAAUGAUUUUCUCGGUGUGCCUGUUGGGACUGACAAGUUGUUCGAGAUCAACCUAUAUCCUGUAUUUUGGAGGGCUCCAGGACCUCCAAUCAAAGUCCGACGUUGCGUAUGGAUGUACGACGAGAAUAGAGCCGUCGAACCAGCGCUCUCACGCGAACUGGAAGAAGCAUACCAGUACGUUCCUCAUUCAUCCUAUCUUCCUUCACAAUGGGGUCUAACCCAUAUUCUCUACCUUGGCAGCCAAAUAAAACCAUAUCUCCCAUCUUAUCCAGACGAAGUCCAAGCGGCGCUAUCAGCAGGGACUCUCGAAGCUCAAGACAAGCUCAAGACCGUCCUCCAAAAGUCGAACCAUAGCGCCGUAUUCCAAGAUGCCCGAUCCGCCCGCAUUUUCCAAGGCACGACUCCUCCCAGUGUGGGUCUUUUCAGCUGGGGAAUGGGCAGAGGGCGCGGCGGGCUGUUCCCCGGCGCGACAGUCGUAUGGAGGGGCAUCGAGGCAGCGGAAGAAGUCACGGCCGCGGUCGCCGCUACGGGGGCAGGAGGAAAAGACAAGGACAAACCGAGCCGUCCCGCGCUCGAAGGUCGGCGGUUGAGCGUGUCGAGUUUGGAAGAGGGCGCGAACAAGAGGCAAAAGUUGGAGGUUGCACCGGACGCGAGUCGGAUCAGACGUCCUGGUGUUCACCCACGUCAGUCUGAGGAUGGGAUUACCAGGUCGGAGAGUCCGGCGAGUACCAAGAGUGAGGGGGAUCGGCCGAAAAAGGUUCUGGAAGUGGAGCCCGUGCCGCAGGAUGAGGACACGGUUGUGACGGAUCUAUUCUUGAUCAUACACGGGAUCGGUCAAGGGUAUACGGCCCAGUACGAAGCUUGGGAUUUCACGAAACAAUCACAAUCUCCCGCUCUAUCGUCGAUCAUGCGUAAUCGAAGAGCUCAGUUUUUGCCCAUCCCAUGGAGGGCGAGUAUGAAACUCGAGUUGGAUGAAGAACGGAGAAGAGAGCAAGAAGGGCUGGACAACCAUUUCACUCUUGCUGACAUCACACCCAAGAAAUCUAUACCAUACGUUCGAGAAUUAACCAAUAAUGUUCUUAUCGAUAUCCCUUAUUUUAUGAGUCAACACCGAGAUAGAAUGAUAGAAUCGGUUUGCUUGACAGCAAACCGCGCAUAUAGACUCUGGUGCGCGCGAAAUCCAGAUUUUGAAAGUCAUGGGCGAGUCCAUCUCUUGGCCCACUCUCUUGGAUCAGCACUGUCCGCCCAUAUUCUCUCGGCUCAACCAACAAUCCAACGCCCGCUUCCUGAUUUUACACAGGAAGAGCUAAACAGCAUGAACAGUCAGUUUUUAUUUAAUACUAGUCACAUGUUUAUGAUUGGAAGCCCGUUGGGAAUAUUUAUGCAUAUUAAUCAGGCGCAGUUGAUUGCGCGUAAGGGCCGGGAGAGGACUAUGGAUGCUAGGGAGGAUGAAGCGCUGGAUCGUACUGGACGAUUCGGUUGCUUGGCGGUCGAUGCAUUAUAUAACAUUUUCAACCCUUCAGACCCAAUCGCGUAUCUCCUCAACCCCUGUGUCGAUUCCGAAUUCGCAAAGACAAUGAAGCAAAGUACGAUACCUUCGGUCGGGACGACGACUCUCGCCACGCUAGGUUCACGAAUCACCAAAAUGUUUGAUGGUUUUGCCCUGCCGUUGAGUGGCUCGCGCGCUGCAAGUCCUGCACCCAAAUCUCGAGCCAAGCAAGAAGAAAGCAUGGAGGCCAUGGACUUAGGUGGCGAAGACAGGCUUGUUGGACAGGCUAGGGGCGAGAGUCGGGCUGAGAGGAGAUUUCGGGCGUUGAAUCCCCACGGGACAAUCGAUUUCGCUUUGCCUAGCGAGGGGACAAUAAGCGAUUACGUUGAUAUGAUCACUGCUCACGGAGAUUAUUGGGCCGACUCGAGUCUGGCAACGUUCGUACUGACGGAGAUUUUCGCUAGAAAAGAGGAUUUGUUGAGAACCGGUAUGAGCCUGGGUGUCAAGGGUUGA